UAUUAUUGCACUUUUAUUGGAUAAACGACUUCCAUUUAACACCCAAUCAACCAGUCGCAUUUCUACAAACCAGUUCGCAUCAGCAUGGAAGGGCUCUUGCUUUCCGUGAAGCACUUCCCGGCUGCGUUAUCCGCCCAAGCCAUUGAAACAUUGCUCAAACAUGUUGGUGCGACUCAGAUCCGUGUCCUUACCAACAGGACCCAGAAAUCGAAAAGCGCGCUGGCAUCCUUUCCCGACGAAACCACUCGCAUGAGUGCUCUUGGUCGAUUGAACAAGAUGCGCCUCUCGGACCACGACAUUUGCGCUAGUCUCCACAGCAACACCGCUUCGACGCCAUCUGAGCACGACGAGACCACCCCAACUGCCCCAACGAUGCGAUCGCAGCCUGUACCUUCUGCUCCACCGACAACGGCACCAGAAGCCGCGGCUGGUUCAGCGAUCUUUCCGCCACUCCCUCGCGAGGAUCCACCCACGUAUGCAUGGGGUCACCCUGCAUCGCUGGCACCGCACUUGGGAUUGCAUUUCCCGCCAUCUCCCCUUUUGGAAUACAAGUACCCCAAGGCAAGUCCUGACGUCGUGCUCAACAUUGCCAACGCCCUCAUAGCCCUGCCAAAGUUCUACACCCAAGUGCUCCAUUUGAUGAACAAGAUGAACCUGCCACCCCCUUUUGAACCGAAUUCGAUUCCAGGCCCGUUUUUGUCAUUCGUCGUGAACGACGGCAAGAAGAAGCGCAAGCCCGAUGCCACGUUUGUCCAAGAGCACGACGACGACGACAUGCCGGUCGGUUCCAUGUCGGCAAAACAGCGUCGAGUACUCGACUCUGGACCUCGAUCUGUGGCUGCUAUCAACCUCCCGCCGCCGCUGCCGCCUACCACGGCCGCAUCUCCAUCUGUCCAUCACCACACGUCCGCCCAAGUUGCUGCCUCCACUGAAUUGCCUUCGCUACCCACUCCACCAGUAGUGGUCGCAGCACCUCUCAAGAUCCUUCCUCAAAAGCCACGCAAACCAGAUUCUGCCUUGGCCACUAUCUUUGAAGCCGACACGACGUCCACAGCGACCAAGCUCGUGCCUCGGCCUGGCGUGAUUUCCGAUGCGGAACUCACCCGCACACGACUCUCGUCCGAAGGUACACACCGUUGUUGUUGGUAGUGCACUUUACAUGGCAAUGAUAUACAUCGACAGAGCUAUCGCAACACAAACACAUGCAAACCUACCAACGAAACGAGCCGUCUAAUGUUCUGUAUGUGAAAAACAUCGCCGCGUCCGUCGACAUAUCCGACUUGACCUACGUCUUUGGCAGCGUGUUCGACUCGGACGACGCCAUGUCGUAUGUACUUGGGCUACGUGGAUGAUGCUGCACACGUACCUUGAUCAUGUCUCUCUCAUGCUUGUGACUAGAGCCAUGUCCAUUCGACUCUUCACAGCCGGAAGACUCAAGGGGCAGGCCUUUGUGGACUUUCCAUCCAUCGAACUCGCCACGUUGGCCCAGAGUCUCGUGCAUGGCGUCGUGCUGGACGAGAAGCCGCUUAUUGUGUGCUUUCGAAAGCAACCUGCAGCACGACCGACACCACCUACCACCGUCGACGAGUCCGCGCCUUCAAGCGAAGGCCAGCCCGUCCCGACGGGUGACACCAGAUGACACACAAGCAUGCAACUUUAGUAUAGCUUGUGUGCUUCCAUUUUGCUGCGGACACACCCAUCUGCCGCCGCCACACUUGUCCAACAAAUGCUUAGUCGAACUUUUGUUAACUUCGAACCUUUGCGGGCCAAAAUGAGACCAAGAAUGCGAAGUUCGAAGUCAAUUGUGCACAUAAUUCAGAAAGUGAAACCGUCGUUCGUAUUUU